UUUUCGUUAAAUUAAUAUAAUUUGCAGAAAACGAAUAAAAUGUCAAGAAUAUUAGAGAGAUCAGGCAGUGUAUCGAACAAUCCGUUGAACUGAUCAACAGCAAAACAACAGUUUUCUUUCUCUAAGGCUGAUAGAUUUGGACAGACGAUGACUAGAGGUCUGAGCUCAGGGUAUCUUAACCUUCCCUCAACAAGAUCAACGAGGUCAACAACUUUUGGAGGUAAUGACUCUCCUUCUCCUGGAACUUAUAAGAUCCCUUCUGAUUUUGAGCCAGGAAAGAAAGGGAAAGUGUACAGUUUCAGAUGCAGCUGGAAAUCGUAUAGCAAAGUAUACCAAAAAGAGGGAUUCCAAAACACAAAAGCUUCUGAUCCUAAUGUUCCUGGACCAGGUACUUAUAAGAGUGUUCCUACGUUUGGGAAUAAAGGUAGAAAAUUCACACUAAAAGGAAAAUUGAAGGAACUUCCCAGCAGUGUCAAAGUUCCCGGCCCAGGAGCUUAUAAAGACCUAACAACUCUUCCAAGAACAGGACGAAAUUUCUAUUCAAAGUUCAAAUCCGUUUGAAAUGGAGCUAUUGGGCCUCCUACAAAUACUAGGUUCAAAGAUCAGACUCAGACAAGUGCAGAGAUUCCUGGACCUGGCCAAUAUACACCCAAGACAGGACUGACUGGCACUGGACAUUACUUUUUGUCAAGGUUCAAAUCUUCUGGAACCACCGUUCUCGGGGGUGCUAGAAGAGCUUCAACUCACAGGGUGUCCAACGAUGGACCUGGUCCAGGUAGCUACAUACUUCCUUCUGACUUCGGUUAUCCUACCUCCUUUCACAGAAGGAGGAAGAAGAGCAGAAGGGCAACUUCGCAGCUUUAGAGAUUAGGGGAUAAUA